CUUGUGCGCCAAGCACUUCCUUAAAAUACAGGUAGCUCGUGUAAAUAAUUAUUUAAAUUACAACAACAACAACAACAACAACAAUUACUGUACUUAACAGCAAUUAAAUAUAAAAGUAAAUUUAAAUAAAUAAUUAACCACCGAUCGUGUACUCCGAUUGUUAACUCAGUCGAUUACCAUUCAAAUUAUUUUUUGACGUUAAUUAAAUUUAAAAAACGUCUAAAGUGACUUUACUCGAUAAACAUUACGGCAAAAUGAUUAAAUAAAUAUAAAUAAUAAAAGUUUUUAAUAUAAAUAAUUACAAUAAUAAAUACUCCAAUUGGAUACGAGUAAAUACCGGUCUGUUAUUUAAAUAUAUAUUAAAUAUAUAAACAAAAUGUAAUGACGGGGACGACGCUUCGUAAAACGGAGUGGACAAGGCUCCCGCGAGCUUUGAAGUGAUUGUUUAUUUUUAUUUAUUUUUUUUUUUAUUUAUUAAUUUUUUAUCACGCCAUCAAGAUGAUGGUCGUUCGGCUGGUGCUCACGACGACAUUAUUUCUACUGGUUAUCGGGAAUUCAACGAGUCAGCUGCGGGAUGAACUUGUCGCGACAACUAAAGAUCCUCAGUCGGUUGAUAAAGAUGAAAUACAAGACCACCGACAGAGCAGGACAGCUUCGCACACGGAAUCGCCGACGUCCAAGGCGAAGCGUGAGCAAAUAUUCCGAAAUCGGCUGGCAGCUCGUCGACGUCAGGCCUUGACGCGAUCAAACAUUUCCUCAAAAAGUCACUUAAAUUCAACUCUGCGCUCAAAACCGGCCGCUAAUGUAUCGAAAAAUUCCGUGGAUAUGCUCGAGGUCCAAGAAACUAGACACAGCGUCUACGUGACCGCGCCGUCCGAUGACCAGCCUUCGGUGAUUAUUGAUGAUAGUGAUGAUGAUGACGAUGCUGCCGGAGGUACUGACGUCGAAAGUCACUCAAUGUCAAAAUCAUCAGAAGAUCGUGCGUCAGAGUCAAAAGAUCACAAUCACGGGACAAUAACUUCAUCAGCACGUAAUUCAUCAGUCAAAAAUUCAUCUUUGUCUCUACGAAUUCAAAAGAAUGAUGACCAGUCACAGACUCAGACUCAGUCAAGACGUAAAAAUACCGUAGUGAUGCCCGAGUCUCUUUACAAUCACUUCCGUCCAGUCGAGAGGAAUAUUCCUAUUGAAGAUAUGACGCAGUUUCGAUACUUUGGUCAAAAAAUACGUCCGGAAAACACGACGAGCAACAAUUCCGUUGAAGUGACGUCUGUAUCGCCGAACUCAUCACAAAAUCGCCGACGUUUUUUUGUAAAAGGCUUCAGUACCACAGCAACGCCGUCAGCGGUACCGGGAUUAUCACCUGGCACUGCAAUUCCUAAGCUAGAGGAAAUUCUAAACGAAGAGAUGAAUAUCGCAGUGGAGAAAUCAACUGUUGAGCGCAACAAAAUUCCAAAGACUAAGAAUGUCUUUAGAAGUACGAGUUUGUAUUUAAGAAAAAGUCCAUCUCCAGCGUCCCAAGUAUCGGGCUCGCCACAAAUCAGAGCGUCAGAUCCUACGAUUAUGUCAAACAUUAUUGGAACAAAUAGAAGCAUUCACGAGUCGUCCGCUCACGCUACAGAGCAGUUGGUGGUAACAGCCUCGGUUAAAGAGGAGAAGGAAAAGAAAGAGGAAAAGAAGAAGGAUCAGUUAAGAGUUAAUUCAGCCUACCAGAUAAACGUCUCGACCCAGAUUCCUGAGGAGCCACACCAACGCAACCUACUAAGAGUAGGAAAUGAGUUUGAGAGCGAAAUUACGGAUUCCAACGAUGUUACGACUACCAGUUCUUUACACACCCGAGAUUACCAAAGCGACGACGCCAACAACAACAACAACAACAACAACAUUAACAAAAAUGACAAAAACAAUGACUCACCGAUAAUAAAAUUUGAGAAGCAACCCAAGAAUUUUAUACGCAAUAAAAAAAGCGGAAUUUCGCGAAUGGACCGACGAGCUGACGAACUCGAUUAUACCACCAGCCCUACCACUACCGCCGCAACCGCCACAAAGACAUUAUUCUUCGGCGAUAAAACCGCUGAUGAGCAAAAAAGAUCCUCAGGAAAAACACGCGGGACACCAGGCGACACCGUAGUGCCUUCGGAGUCAUCAUCUGCGCCUCAAGUGCCAGCCGCCGAACCCGCGAGAAUCUCGACAUGGCUGUCCAUCAACUCUGACCCAGUGACACCCUCAAUAGCUCCCACCACCGGGAGUCCAAUAAAUGACCCCGUCACGGUCCAGCCUCUCCAUCAAUACCAGCAGCAUUCGUCACUUCGUAUAGUCGUAACGGAGCCAGCGGUAUCGGGAAUUGAGUCCGCUGGCGAGCGUAACUAUCAGAGUACCGUUAAGACGGGAAAUUCGUCUCAUUCGGAGAAUGCCUCAGUGGCUAGAGGUAUUACCGAGAGGCUCAUUGCCUCGGGGGACAUUAUUACAACGACUUUAGAGACAUUAACAUUAACAACCGCGGCAACGGGUACCGACACUGGUACUCUCGAGCCAGCAACAGGUAUGCCGGUAAAUGAAGAACAAGUAGUAGAAGCACCUGUUGCUUUAGCACAGCAGAUGCAACACCCGUAUGCCUACACAAUCACAAACAUAACACGGCUGCUGGGCAACUACUCCGGGCACGGACCUGGGUCAAAUGACAAAGCAUCGUCCAGUAGUACGCCGACGACAUCGACAAAGUCCACUACGUCGACGUUAAAAGAACAAGUAAAUUCAUCGUUUUCUUCUCCUUCUACCCAUACCUUUGCUCUCGGAGCUCUAGAGUCGACGCGCACGCCCGGCCCAGUCAGUGUUCGUCCGACUGCCGUUGAAUACAGUGCUACGAGUCCGAGGAGCAGUAGUAGUAGUAGUAGUCCACUAACCAGCGGCACCAGUAACACCAGUCCGUUGGUGGGAGAACGCGGUAGAAAAGGUACAACUUUACAGCAACGCGUCGCCACAGUUCACCGCAACACUUCGUACUCGAAUACGGUUGAGGCUACAACUCUCAGAGCUAUCACGACAACUGGUACCGAUACUGCUACUGAUACUGAUACUGAUAUUGACAUUAAUACUGAAGAGUCUUCCUCAUUACUCAGAUGGAAUUACACGUCAACGACUGGUGAAACUCCUGCCGGUCGUCAAAAGGAAGUCAUUAAUGACCGAAGGUACUUGAGGAAGUCUGCAAGUGCUGUGUUGAAUCAGAGAAUCAGUGCGGACGAGUCAAUCAGGGAUUUUAAGAGACGUCGCAGUGACACUAGGAGCAGUAGUACCACCAGUAGUAGUAGUAGUAGUAGCAGUAGUAGAAUUAAAGGACGCGUUGAUGAAAGAGUCGCGGGGUCAAGAUCCAUUGACGCUAAAGAUGAGCUGAUUGAGUUGGUUCACAAUAAUAAUAGAAGCACAAUAAACAUUAAUAAUACCGACACCAUGGGGAAAUCUGGCGUCAACUCGAGUCUGUCUGCAGAAAUGGUUAAUGAAGCGUCGAAAGUGAUUGAUGAGCAUAAGUCUCAAGAUGCUGCCGGUAGUGACAAAUUGAACUUUACCACGGAUCCACCGAGUGCGAGUAAUGUCGUUAAUAAUAACAGUAAUGUGUCAAGUGAUCGAGUAAUUGAAACUGGUGACAAGUCAGAUGACUACAAAAUGACCUCGACAAAACCAACCACUGAGACAAUCACAUCUAGGCCAUUAACUAGUACAGUGACGACGAUAAAAACACCGACUGCUACGAGAGCAAGCCCAGUUUUUCCGGUGACCCCGAUGCUUUUUAACGGAACGAACAAGGUCACUGAAGAAGAAGAUAGAGAAAAAGUUGAGUCGAAUACGGAAGGUCCAAGGAUACCCGACAGGCCGUUUGGUAUCGCCAAGGAUUUAGAUCCUUCGGAAAUACAGAAGAUGUACCGGUCGCAAACAACCUUGAAACCGGAGCCGGGAAUGACGACACUUCCGCCCGAGGUCUUGAGGUCCAACACGGUGACCUCUCAACCCAAAAUGGACACGACCGGCAAGAAACUGAGCAGUGAGAGGUCGCCGGAGGUGAGGGCGAGAAAUCUCUCGGACAAGACCAAGGACAAAGACGACGUGUUGCCUAUAAUGCAUCUCUACAAUACUUCGAACAUCUUCAACGGGACGAUGAAGGACUUGGACGUGCAGACAGAACUCCCGAUCCCAGUGACAAAACCGACUGAAGCAACGACACUCGGUCCGAAUAUCCCCGAAAUGAACGGAAAAAAUCUAAACGCGACACGCUCCGAGAACAAGGAACGUGACCAAGUUCCUGAUUCCGAUGGCAAGAUUGGGAGCGUGUUGAAGGGUAAUAAAAGUCGGCAAGAAAACCGGGAAGCCGGUGGUCAAAAUUCCACCGCGAAAUGGCCGAAUACCUCCUCGUCCCCGUCUUUGUCUUCGAGCAACAGAACGAGGCACCGGCCGAAUUAUUACUCCGGGCCGGAGUCAAAUGGCUUUCACCCAGAGUUAAAUUCAACUUUUUACGAACCCGGAAUUAUUCCAGUUACACCGCGAGAUCCAAUUAACAUCAGUGAAGUCAUCACUAAACGUCACGACGGAGACACUUUGGCAACUCAAGAGACCGUCGUUAUCGUCAGCUACAUCCUCGCCAGUCUCGUUUUCUUCCCAAUCGUCGUCGGGGUCGUGCUAAUCUUCAGAAGACUGAUAAUUAAGAACCGCAAGGUGCUGGAGGAGUCUGACACAUCAUCAGAGAUAAGCUGCAGGAAGGAUGCGCUGAAUCUCGAGAAUGGGGACUUCAAGACCUCGAUCGAAAAAGCGAUAACGAAAUUGCCGAGGAUACAGCAUCUCUGUCAUGAAGCCGAGAAACCGCCGCCUCCAGCGAAACAGGAGUCGCGAUGGGAGUUCCCGCGUGACAAACUGCGGCUCCAAACAGUUCUGGGACAGGGUAACUUCGGACAGGUCUGGAAAGCUGAGGCCGAUGACUUGACCGGUCACAAGGGAACCACCAGAUUGGUCGCCGUCAAGACCGUCAAAGAAGGCGCCUCCGCUCGGGAAAAAGAAGACCUCGUAAGAGAGCUAGAGAUCAUGCAGCAGCUGGGGAAUCAUCCCAACGUCGUCACUCUGCUGGGCUGUUGCACUGAAGAAGAACCGCACUACCUAAUUCUCGAGUACGUAAUGUAUGGAAAAUUGCUUGCGUACCUACGGGAUCACCGGACAAGACAAGAUUUUUACAACUUCAGCGAAGAUUCAGCAGCAUUGACCUCCCGAGACCUCACGGUGUUUGGAUACUGCGUCGCUCGGGGCAUGGAAUACCUCGCGUCUAAAAAGAUAAUACACAGGGAUUUAGCGGCACGUAAUGUCCUGGUAGAUCACAAUAAAUUAUGCAAAAUAGCAGACUUUGGGAUGUCGAGGUUCGCAAACGAAGAUGGCGAGUGCAUCGAAACACGACAUGGAAGAAAUGCUUUGCCAAUUAGAUGGAUGGCUCCCGAGUCAUUGAUUUAUUCGUUAUUUACAACUAAAACCGAUGUAUGGAGUUUUGGAAUUCUCAUGUGGGAAAUAGUAACUCUUGGUUCGACGCCCUAUCCGGACAUGGCCGCUAGAGAGGUUAUGCGCAAUGUACAAGAUGGUUACCGGCUCGAACGACCAUCGCACUGUCGCAGCGAACUCUUCAGGGUAAUCGCGAGAUGUUGGCAUGCUGACCCCGAUCGACGUCCCGAGUUUCAGUUACUCAGGCGCGAUUUGGCCCAACUUCUUGAAGACAACAUGAAUGGACACUACGUCGAUCUUGAAAGUUACGCGUCAGAAUGCACAGACUAGUUAUUAAUUAAAAGUGCAGUGCGGUAUUUAAAAAUUACCUACUAAAUUAAUUAAAAAAAAAAAAAAAAAAAAAAAAAUUGUAGGCUAGUGAUUUCUACGCCAUCAAAGACACUAAUUUUUUUAAAUUGAGGCUGACGAGGUACAAAAAAGGAUUCGGCUAAAAUUUAUAUCCGUCAAUUCUCAAUAAUUUUUAUUUACUUAUUAAUUAAUAAUUAAUACAAAGACGUCUUCCAUUUUUUUCACGACUGUCUUUUAUUGUAAAUACGCGGCUCCGAGCCGCAAAUCAAAAAUACAAAAAAAAAAUGCAAGCAAUUUUAAAAUAAA